CUUUACAGUCGUUGUCGUAUGAAGCCAGGUUGCGCGAUUCUUUAAUCGGGCUGUCUCAAUCUUGCGACGCGAAUCCAAAUCGCUUUUGGUGGAGUGGUGGCGGCCGGCGGAUGUCUGAGGCUCGGGGCAUCAGCCUGAAGAGCGGAACUCUCGUCAAACACUCAACACUCACUACACCACCAAUUCUCACUUCUGUUCAUGGCGCCAUGAAUACAAGGCGAGGUGUAUCCCCAGAUGAAGCGCAUACGCCUCCGAGAAGCCCGCGAACGGCGUCUCCCUCUUCGUUGCUGCCUCCCAGCCCUCUCAACCCCACCACCUCCUCUGGCGCCACACCUCCGCUCUCACCUCUCGACAAUCCUACGGACGCCCUCCUCCGCAUUAUCCAGCGACAGGCCUACGGUGACGCGCUCAAGGAGGACUGGCGUGCUGUGCCCCUCUCCAUCGGCCAAUAUCACCGUCUGCUAGACAUCAUCGCAGCCGACAGUGCGCUAGACGGAUUCUUCAACAACAAGCUGCGGUGGGACUGGCGAUAUACAGGGGAGGACGACAGCGGUAGUGGCAUAUUUUCACUCCGAAUGCCAACACUCAAGCACGACGUUUUUAUUGAUAAGCUUGAGACGCGUAUCAAGGAAGAGUUCCGCAAGACUCCCGCCCAAGUCCAGACACUUGUCGACACCAUCUUCUGUGCCCGCAGCGCCGACGCCCAUGAUACGGAAGGGAAGGUCAGCGCAGAUGCCGGCUUUGCUUUCAUCGACUGCCCUUUCCGCUUGGUGCAACUCGAAGUUGCAUACUCACAAGUAAAUAACGAUGAUCUGUAUGACCUCGCUGAGCGCCACAUCGCUGCCGGCUCCAAUACUGUCAUCACCGUCAAUCUGGAGUAUGCGACGCUGGCGCAUCGCAAGGACCCAAACAAGCCGCCUAAGGACGCCAGCUACUGUCUCUAUCGGGUCGCCGAAUUUGAAGAGGAUGGCAAGAACUAUAGGAGGAUGGAAGUGAUCGUCUUUGACCAAGACUUUGUCAACAACCCACACGGCUCGCUAGAGCUAAAACUUUCGGACUUUCUACCCCUGCACGAGCGACCGAAGUUGGAGGAGAAUGAUCACCUUCUCCGCAUCCCGCACACGGUCCUUGACGGCUUCCUUCAGUUUGCCACCGCUCAGCAAUCCAUCCUCGACCACCAAAAGGCUCAACCAACCACGAUGCUUCCUACCUUCAAGCCGUCGACAACACGUCCCAAGCGGAAAGCAGAAGGCGAUCCAGCACCAUCUUCGCGCGAGGCUUCAUCCCAAGAGUCCACUUCUGAGGUUAACGCAAGCUUUGGCUCCGACUACAAGUCCCUGCGAAACCUCUGUCACGAGCCCUCGGGGGAUAUUGAGUUCCGAAAUACGAAGUCAUAAUGCCAAGAGUCUUUGGAAGCGAGAGGGAUAGGAUAACAGGCACGAUGAAUAUUCGGGAGAUGCGUAGUCCAGUUUGAGGGAGAAAGCGCGUGGAAGAAGUUGCGGCGAGAGACGAAGGGAAUAGUAGAGACCGUGUUGGUUGCCAACCAACGCUUCCAUUGCGGUGUGCCAGGUCUCGACCCUUUGUCGAAUGUACUGACGAUAAGAAGCACACUAAUGAAAGAAUAGCAAAGGAUCCCUAUCCUUUGCAACCG